AUGCGGUGCAUCGUGGCGAGUGCACUGCGCUGCUCGAAGACAAACACCAGCAACAGCGACGCCGCUGGUGCGCAUUGUCCACCUCCAACUGCGGCAUCAUCGUUGCAGGGACAUAGCACGGAGGCAGGCGCGACAGAGGGCGAUGAGUUCAUGGAGGAGGUGGACGCAUUCGUACGCGAUCACAUCACUGUGGUGUGUCCGACACUUCCGCUCGGCAUGAGGCCAGAGACGGUCGCCAAAAAGUUCGCGCGCCAGUAUCCAGUCGCACGCUACUGCGUCGAGCACGGAUUACCUAUUAUUCCAGUGGAUGAUCCCAAGUCCCUGUCGCGGAGCGCCUUGCUGAAGGAGAUGCUGGACAGCGGUAAACGCAUGGCAGCCAGUGCGACAAAUUCACAUACCCAUCAUUUCCACAGGAAUGCCCCCCUGUUGAACCACCAGCCUUCACAUGCGCCGUCGUCAUCUGUGCAGUGCUGCAGAACUGGUGCCGGUUCGCCGCCCUUAAAGGGUCUGCCUAAGGGUAGCAGCUUUUCCUCAUCUGCGUUCUCUGCGACUCCACACACGUGGGUCGCGCAGGGGCGUCCACUGGCGGACUACGACCUCACCGUUGUCGUCUCCUUUCGCUACUUCCUGCCGAAGAGUCUUCUGCUUGCGCUGCCGCCGGUGAUCAACAUGCACCCCUCGCUGCUCCCUCGCUACCGCGGCGCCAGCCCCAUUUUUAGUGCGCUGCUCCGAAACGAGGCGAUUGGCGGCGUGAGUAUCAUUCAAAUGAAACCGGGGCAGACAGCAAUGGACUCAGGAAACGUCCUCUGGCAGUGCGAGGUGCCCAUCCCCCUCGACAUGGACAUUCGCUUGUACUUUCCACUGGUCACCCAGAUCGGUGCGGCUGGCUUAUGUGACCUUAUUUUUGGCAAAGCCCCACCAGUGUGGCGGCCAUCGCUGCCGACUGCCGAUGUUUCUGUGCCUGCGUCCCCCUUGACUUCAGAGCGGCCAUCCGCAUCCACGUUUCACUGCAGCAGCCGGUGCCAGCCACAUACUCGCCAGGGCGGCGCCGACUAUCGUUUAGCGAACGCUGUAUCUGCCAACAGCGCCACAACACCGUCGUGGUUCGCGCUGCGUCAGCGUUGUCUGGCACCGCUUGUGCACCGCUCCGACGGCCGCAUUGCUGCACCGACUUCAGUUAUGUCGCGCAACGCACACUUGCCGAUGAAUGUGCUCUUCAACGUCGCGGAGCUGCCGUUCCUGUCGUCCUUGCCAGCCUCGACGAAGAACUACCACGUGGAGCGUAUCCACCACGUGCUGCGUUCAUUGGGUGGCAUGACUCAGAGUAACUGCACAGGCAGCUCUGAAGAGGCGCCCAGCACAGAUGACCCAGAGGCGAGUCACCACCGCGUCUGCCAACCCUGGAUGACUCUGGGUCGUGCCCCCACCCCCUUCACCGCCAAAGCUGUGCAGGACGCCCGCGAAAGGCUUCGUACGCUGCACUUGCCGAAUCUAAAGAGCCCUUCUGGUGCCGCAGCGCAAAAAUGGCAGAAGAGCAGCACCGGCAUGGCAGUGACAAAGUGCAAGGGCGCACCGGCCAGCAAACAGAAGAUUUCCCUCGCUGUGGCAGCGGAGCUGGGCAUCAAGACCACCAUAGAAUGCGCGGAGAUCUUCCCAGCGUCGGUGCUGAGCCCGCACUGCGACUGGCCUGACAGCUUUAUCUACAGCUGGAAGCUCGCGCAGGUGCAGACGUAUCCCACCUAUGCACACUUCUCUGAGGACCCCUAUCACGCACCAUUGUUGCCGAAGGAUGCGGCGGUCGUGCGCUUCAGUAGUAUGAAUGCGGCUGAAGCGUUUGGUGUGUGGCGAGCCUUCGUCGGGGGGGACUAUUUCCAGCCCUCGGUAAGUGCCAUGCUCGACAAGAGCAGCACCCCGGUGCGUAACCAGCUGGUGCGUCGCGCGUUGCGGCGGCUUCUGCUCCAGCGUGCCAAGACCCAUGCAACAUUUCGGGGAGCAGGGCAGCAGCGCAGCAAGUGUACGGGAGCAAGAGACGAAAAGGCAUUGGCUGCCGCGCUAACCUUGACUAGCGAUGACAAUGAGGUGCCCGUCGGCAUCGUGGCAGGCAAACAUGUUGACUUGGAUAUUUUGAACCCUGCAGGCGUUCAGCUGCUCACAGAAGCGGAGAGCACACUGCGCACACCCUGCACCUUCACACAGGUGAUAAACCCGGUGCUGGCGCCAGCGUGCGUGUGCGAAGAAUUGGCCGAGGUAGAGCAAAGCGGACAUCUGCCACCCAGAUUUUCCAUAUGCACCCAGCAGCACCCAGAGCGACGAUGGCGAGUUCGCUUUUACCGAGCUCCGCCAGCGAUUUUUCGCUCACUGCUCUGCAGGAGCGCAAAUGACAGCGCUACACAGAAGACGACUCGAUGGAGGAGAUGUGAGCCUCGACUUGCGAUGGGCGAGUGCGGUAUGGCAGCCACGGACGGUGCCAUGCCGUCCUUGCGGCAGCAAGAGUGCGAAGUAGAUGGCGAAGGCAAAGUCCCUGCCUCAAUCACGACCUCAACCCGCGCCGCUUCUUUAGCUGGAGCUGAGAAGGGGCAGCGGCAGCUGGGUCAUCGUCAUCCGAGUGCCGGUGAUGUGGCUAUGGCAGCGCAAGCCGAAGAGUCGGGAGAGCAUGAGGAGGCCCCGGAGGACUACGUGCCUGAGGUUAUCCAUGCCGCACCGCCGUCGCAGCACCCCCUUCAUAUCCCUCCCGGCACCGGCUACUUCCCUCAGUCUGACGAGAGCUACGGCGCCAUAAAGUGCAAGGAAGGGUGGUUCCUGUGGAAAGAGGCUCACAUGAAGUGUGGCAACAAGGCGCAGCCAGCCGUCCUCAUCCGGAAAGGUCUCGCCAUGAAGACGGGUGUGCUCUACGUUGGGCUCUUCUCCGAGUACUUGUAG